CGUGCAGCUCCGGGCCAAGUGUCCCUCCUCCCCAGAGGAGGAAAGGGGAUUUCGCCCUCCGCCUGUGCCAGCAGCCCAGCAUGGUGGGGAAAAGCCCGGACGCCAAAGGUCAGGGUGCCAACGGGGAGGCCAGCUGCUGGGGAGGACAGCGCUGCUGCUCCGGCAGGACGGCGCCCCCCAGCUCGCUGCUGGCUGCCCUGCUGCUCUCGGCAGCGUCCAUCGCUUCCUGCGUGUAUCUGGGGAUGAAGACCAGUGACCUUCAGGCCAGGGUCUUGGCCAUCGAGACGGCCCAAGGGGACGGAUCUGCUGCUGCUGCUGCUGCUUCUUCCUACCAGCUGCUGCCCAGCUACUCUUUGGAUCAGCUCAAUGCACUGAUGAAGGAGAACGUGGAGCGGCUUCUGGCUCAGAAGUCCUAUGAGCAUAUGGCAAGAAUCAGAAUAGCAAGAGAAGCUUCUCCAGAAUGCAAUUGCCCACCAGGUCCUCCUGGUAAACGAGGCAAGCGAGGAAGAAGAGGAGAGAUUGGACCUCCUGGUCAACCUGGUCCUCAAGGCCCACCUGGUCCAAAAGGCGAGAAGGGAGAUCAAGGUGAUCAGGGCCCUCGGAUGGUGUUUCCUAAAAUCAAUCAUGGGUUUCUCUCUGCUGAUCAGCAGCUCAUUAAACGCCGCCUCAUUAAGGGUGACCAAGGACAAGCUGGACCCCCGGGGCCUCCGGGGCCUCCUGGACCAAGGGGUCCUCCUGGAGAUACUGGCAAAGAUGGCCCUCGCGGAAUGCCUGGCUUACCGGGAGAGCCAGGAAAGCCAGGUGAACAAGGCUUGUUGGGGCCUCAGGGGCCUCCAGGACAAAAGGGUUCCUUUGGUGCACCUGGUAUCCCUGGGAUGGAUGGACAACAGGGUGCACCUGGUAUAAUGGGAGAAAGAGGAGUUCCUGGGCUUAAGGGUGACCCUGGCCAACGAGGAGAAAGGGGUGAUUCUGGAGAACCUGGGCCCAAAGGUGACUCGGGAGAAAAGGGUGACCCCGGAUCUUCUGCUGCAGGAAUUAAGGGAGAACCCGGAGAAUCAGGUCGACCAGGGCAAAAGGGUGAGCCUGGGCUCCCUGGACUUCCUGGACUUCCUGGGAUUAAGGGUGAACCGGGUUUCAUAGGACCACAGGGAGAACCUGGAUUACCAGGAUUGCCAGGAACAAAGGGUGAAAGGGGAGAAGCAGGACCCCCUGGGAAAGGUGAACGAGGUGAGCCUGGAGCUCCAGGGCCAAAGGGAAGGUCAGGCGAAUCUGGAGCUAGAGGCCCAAAGGGGUCGAAGGGUGAUUCUGGAGACAAAGGUGAUUUGGGGGCAAUGGGCCCAAGGGGCCCUCCUGGACAAAAAGGUGAUCAAGGGGCAACAGAGAUAAUUGAUUACAAUGGCAAUAUCCACGAAGCUUUGCAGAGGAUUACCACCCUAACUGUCACGGGUCCUCCAGGUCCACCUGGACCCCAAGGAUUGCAAGGGUCAAAGGGUGAACCCGGAUCUCCAGGAUUGCCAGGUGCUGAUGGAGAGCAGGGGCCUAAAGGCUCAAAAGGUGAUACGGGUGACCCUGGAAUACUAGGAGAAAAAGGAGGAAUUGGACUUCCAGGAUUGCCAGGAUCCAAUGGUAUGAAAGGAGAAAAAGGAGAUGUCGGCUUGCCAGGUCCUCAAGGUCCCUCUAUCAUAGGACCACCAGGACCUCCAGGCCCUCAUGGUCCACCUGGACCUAUGGGACCUCAUGGACUUCCAGGCCCAAAGGGCAUGGAUGGUCCAAUUGGUCCUCAUGGUCUUGCAGGUCCAAAAGGAGACAGAGGUGAAAAGGGAACCACAGGAGAUCCUGGGCCCAGAGGUCCAUAUGGCUUGCCUGGCAAAGAUGGCGAACCUGGCCUUGAUGGUUUCCCUGGUCCUCGUGGAGAAAAGGGUGAUGUAGGAGAAAAGGGAGAAAAGGGAUUCCGAGGAAUUAAGGGGGAAAAGGGGGAGCCAGGCCAGCCAGGCCUGGAUGGGCUGGAUGCCCCUUGCCAAUUGGGACCAGAUGGCUUACCAAUGCCUGGCUGUUGGCAAAAGUGAUGAAUCUAACUUUGCAAGCAUGAAGUUGUGUAUAUAACACUCCGCUCUUGUAUUUAUAGUUGAAAAUGGAACCAUUGAUUUUACAAGUCUGAAAUAUGUUUACACGUAGCUGCUUCUACUUGUUUGCAGUAGUCCAUGUGUACCUCUAUUCUUCACAUACAUCUGCAAUUCAACAAAAUAUAAACUGCAACAAACUUGCAAAAUCAAGUAUUAGUCUCUAUACAGAGUUAAUCUUUACAGAGUGAUCACUCAUAGACAUUUGAGUUGUUUCUGCAGUUUUCCAGUUUUUUCUUUGUUUGUCUUCUUUUGGGCCUGCAUGGACAACAAGUGCCAUGAACUAGUUUACAUGAAACUGUGACCAAAUAUGAGCUCAGUGCUAUGAAACAUACUGUACCCGAUUGCCAUUGGAAUACAGUGACUUGGCUUCCAUGUUCACCUUCAUCAAUCUUAUCACUGGUUCAUAGCUCACAUAUUUGCUUGUGCUGACUAAAAUCAGAAGCAUGACUCGUGUGCCAAAACAGCUUGUUGUGUGAUCAUCCCCGUGAGCUACAAUGGUUGCUUGCUGUGACUUUUCAUUCAGACACCUGAAUUGUUCUUUUUUGUCAUCUCAAGGGAGUCACACCAUGGCUUAUUGCAAAAAAAUGAUAAGAGGAGGAAAUUAAGACAAUGGUCUUGAAUUUGGAGGGAGCAGCAGUUCCUUCCAGCGGUGGAUGGCUUUCAGUCUUCUGGGUUAUGAAGCCACCUUUGUCAAAAGGGUGAAACCUCUUCAUCAGCCUCUGUUUGCUUGCACUCCUCGCAGUCACAAGCCAUUCAAAUUGGGUGGAUUUCAACACUAGUCCCUGUUGACUAUUUAACCAAGGAGGAAAGAAGCAUGAAGAUCUUGCUUUGCGAGUAGGUUGAUGAAGCUGCAGAGAGAUACCAAAAGGAUCAUUUGAUGAUAGGUCUCAGUAUCGACAUGACCAUUUUCAAGGAUUGGUGCAGUAUUUGUUUCACAUACUGCAUUCUGAGAUUUUUGAAGGCAAGGAUUCUUGACAAAAGAUACCAUGAAAUGCCUAAAGCAAUGGAACAGACAUGACUGUAUAUGGCUCGCCAUUUGAAUUUUAGAAGUUCCUGAUGAAAUAUCAAAUGCUUAUAGGAUUUUUGAAAAAUAUAUUUUAUUUUAUUUGUGUUUCAGUUCGCUAUCAUCCAGCAGAUACAAGCUUCCUGAAAUUUAAGUUCUGAAAAAUGCACUUGUGUUCAACUUCUUUCAGUGUUGUCUUUUUUUGGAUCUAAGGUCUUUACUGCUGCAAAGCAGGGAUUUGUUUCUUUUUAAUUCAUAUGAACACAUUUAUUCAUAUACCUUUUUUCCUUCUACAGUUGUCCUGUUUUGGGGUUCUGUAGCCCAAAGAGUAUGCAAUAGGGAAAGAAUAUUACAUGACAGUAACAGCAACAUUUUUAUCUCAAAUGUAUAAUGAAUUUCAUCUGAAUUUUAGACUGCAAUCCUGUGCAUUCUUCUCUGGGACAAAAACACAUUGAAUUCAGUGGAACUUCUGAAUGUGUUCCGAUUGUGUUGCAUAUUGCUUUAAAAAACAGCUUUCAUUUCUCUGUUUUGAACACAUCUGCUUAACUUUUAAAUCUUUAGACUUAUAUUCAUAAAGUACAUUUGUAGACACCCCGAGAAACUAAUUUAUGUUGCAUUUUUUACUUUGCUUUUAAAAAAAUCAUUGCCAGUGUUGAAAUGGUGUUUAAACUUCUAUGUACAUUCAUAAAAAAGUCUGACCAAAUAAGAGAUUUCAUACAUGUGUGAAAUAAUGUGAGGAAGACACAAUCAUGUGUUUCUGGAGACAAGCAUCAGUUGCUCCAGAAAUGUCAUGUGCAUCACCUCAUAAUGAUUCCAUUUCCAAAUAAUGGCUACUUUGGACAUCACACUAAACCAUUGUUUAGCAUGAUGAUAAUAU